CCUGUCCUCCUCCUCCUCCUCCUCCUCCCUCCCCUCUCCGCUGCUGCUCCUGCACCAGGAAGCUGCCUAGAUCUAGCCCUGGGAGCGGCCUGACCCGGUGCAGCCCCGGAUUGAGGAUGAAAGGCCCCGGGGCGGGCUGCAGCUGCCAGGCUGUGUCCUAGGAGCGCCCCCGAAGAGCCCCCCGGAUGGCGACCCCGGCCCCGGCCUCGGUCUCAGACACCCGGGCCCUGGUGGCGGACUUUGUGGGCUACAAGCUGCGGCAGAAGGGCUUCGCCUGCGGGGCCGGGCCCGGGGAGGGCCCCCCGGCCCAGCCCCUGCACCGGGCCAUGCGGGCCGCCGGGGACGAGUUCGAGUCACGCUUCCGGCGGGCCUUCUCGGACUUGGCGUCCCAGCUGCACGUGACGCCCGGCUCGGCCCAGCAGCGCUUCACCCAGGUGUCGGACGAGCUCUUCCAGGGGGGGCCCAACUGGGGCCGGCUGGUGGCCUUCUUCGUGUUCGGGGCCGCGCUCUGCGCCGAGAGCGUCAACAAGGAGAUGGAGCCCCUGGUGGGGCAGGUGCAGGACUGGAUGGUGGCCUACCUGGACACCCAGCUGGCCGACUGGAUCCGCAGCAGCGGGGGCUGGGAGCUGGAGGCGAUCAAGGCCCGAGUGCGGGAGAUGGAAGAGGAGGCCGAGAAGCUGAAGGAGCUGCAGAAUGAAGUGGAGAAACAGAUGAACAUGAGUCCGCCCCCGGGCAACGCUGGCCCGGUAAUCAUGUCGAUUGAGGAGAAGAUGGAGGCAGAUGCGCGCUCCAUCUACGUGGGCAAUGUGGACUACGGCGCGACCGCGGAGGAGCUGGAAGCCCAUUUUCACGGCUGCGGCUCGGUCAACCGGGUCACCAUCCUCUGCGACAAGUUCAGCGGACAUCCCAAGGGGUUCGCGUACAUUGAAUUUUCCGACAAAGAAUCAGUGAGGACGUCCAUGGCCUUAGACGAGUCUCUCUUCAGAGGACGACAGAUCAAGGUGAUACCGAAACGGACCAACCGGCCGGGGAUCAGCACUACAGCGGGGUUCCCCCGUGCCCGCUUCCGGGCCCGAGCCACCAACUACAGCAGCUCCCGCGCCCGCUUCUACAGCGGCUUCAACAGCAGGCCCCGGGGUCGCGUCUACAGGGGCCGGGCUAGAGCGACGUCAUGGUAUUCCCCUUACUAAAAAAAAAAGUGUGUAUUAGGAGGAGAGGAAAAAAAAAUAAAUAAGUAAAAAAAAGAAUUAAAAAAAAAAAAAGAGGAAAAAAGAAGAUGACCUUGAUGGAAAAAAAAUAUUUAAAAAAAAAAAAAAGAAAAAAGAGAGCGAUACUGUGGAAGGGGGGAAAAUCCCAUAACUAACUCUGCUGAGGAGGGACCUGCUACUGGUGGGGAGCGGGGGGUGCCCGGGGAGCGGGGCAGGGGCGGCUCCCUCUCUGGGGCUUCUCCACGGACGCGUUUCGACUGCAAGCCGCUUCCCGCCCCCCUCCGCCUCCCUCUCCCCAUCCCUCCCUCCCCCCCACCCCCGACCCGGCGGGGGCUGCUCAGGGUGGUGAGGGCAGAGGCCAGGGGGAGGGGGCCGUGGCCCAGGGCUCUGGAAGGACACCAAAUUGUUCUGCUUGUUACCCCCCCCCCCCAUCUCUUCCUUCUUCUCCCCUCCGCCCCCUUCCCCUCCCUCCUCCUGCUCCUGCCUGCCUCCCCCCCACCCCCGGCCAGGCCCCCCUCUCGUCUGUUCCACCCGCGGCUCCCUGCCCCACGCCCAAAGAUUCCUUGGUGAUCGAUUUUGUUUCCGUUUUGUGUUUCUGUUUCUGUUUC